UUUUUCUGUAACAAUACUCUGCACUUUCCCCUUUCGCUUUUUUGCCUUUCUGGGUGGUGAUUAGAUUGCUUAAUUCAAAACUUUAGCUUUUCUUUAUAUGAAAUCUUAAUAAAAUAACAAACUCCAUAAUACUUUAUGGGAAUUGGGAAGUGAUGAUCAACAAAAAUAAAUAAAAAAAAACUUUGUUAGAAAAUCAAAAGUUCCUUUAGGCAUUAAUAAAUCCAUAGUUGAGUUGAGAAGAGUUGUUUGGGUUUCUCUUGUUUGAUUACAAAUAUUUCCUUCUGUAGUAAAAAAGUGGAAGAAUAAAAAGGCAACACAGGGGAGAUUUUUCAAAGUGGGAUAUGCUGUGGUGGUUGUUUUGACCAUCCAAUUUUUCUUUUUUUCUCUCUUUAAAACUAGGCUGCGGCAUUUCUCUUCAAAAUCCCUCGUUUCCCAUUUCAUCGUACUUGCCGCAGCCCUAUUUGGCUCCAUUUUUUUUUUCUGGGUUUUUCUUGGGGUUGGGAAGAAAGGGGGGAGGAAGAAGAAGAAGAUAUUGAAGAACUGAGGUAUUAAGGGAUGGUUGUUGACGAUACGAUGGAAAUGAACGUUGUUCUUGGUUUUGGAGGUCCUUCUACUUCUAGAUUUCCCGAUGCCUAUCCCAAAAGGGUUUUGAUGGAGGGAAGAUACACUGGAGAUUGACAUCAUCGGAGUGUUUUUCAGGGUUACUUUCUUCAGUUGGUGUUGUUUUUUCCUUUUUCUUUUUCUUUGUUUCUUUGUGUUUUCCCUUCAGCAAUGGCAAUAUUCAACUUCUCAGAAACAAUUAGGAUUCCAUAAGAGAUGAGUUGAAAUGGGAGAUUCUCUCAUUACAGCCCUUUCACUGGAGAAUCAUCAUCCAUCUACACUUUUAUUCAUGGAUUCGAGUGCCUCAUCUCACGAAGAAUUGGAUUUGGAAAUGAAUAGACAGAUCGUUCUUUCCCGUCCGCCUGAUAUCAAUUUACCAUUGUCAACUGAAUGCAGCUACACUCUGCAGCCAUGGAAUUCUGAUCACUGUAACAUUUUAGAUGUUGGACUUGCUUCACAAGUUUAUGAGACCGAAAGUUUUCUUACUGUUCCAAAAGUUGUAAGGAAAUGCACCAAACGGGUAGACAGCAUUUGGGGUGCAUGGUUUUUCUUUAGUUUCUACUUCAAACCUGUGUUAAAUGAGAAAUCGAAGGCUAAGAUUACCCGCGACAGUAAAGGUGUUUCGGGAUUUGAGAAGUCAGAUCUUAAGGUUGAUGUUUUUAUGGUCCAACAUGAUAUGGAGAACAUGUACAUGUGGGCUUUCAAGGAGAGGCCAGAGAAUGCAUUAGGUAAAAUGCAGCUUAGAAGUUACAUGAACGGGCACUCUCGCCAAGGCGAGCCUUCUUUCCCAUUUGGUUCUGAGAAAGGCUUUGUUCGAUCACAUAGAAUGCAACGAAAGCAUUAUAGGGGUCUCUCAAAUCCUCAGUGUGUACAUGGGAUUGAGGUUGUUGCAUCUCCAAAUCUAAUGUCUCUCGACGAAGAACUACGAAAAAGAUGGGUUGAACUAACGGGUAGAGACUUUAACUUCACUAUACCACCUGAAGCAAGUGAUUUUAGCUCAUGGAGGAACCUUUCUAGCCCAGAUUUUGAACUCGAGAGGUCAGUUCCUUCUGUCAAAAGUGCUUUAAAUUCUCAACCAAAGAAAUUGCUCAACGGAUCUACCCUAAAUUUGUCAAACCACAACAACUGUGAUAUGAUGGAUUUAUCACCUGUUACCAGCAAGAAAAGGAAGAGUUCAUCUCCUAAUAUGAAUGAUGAUGAUUGCUUAUUGAUGGUCAAUCCCCCCGACUGGAUUUCAGAUAUGGACAAGCACUCAAAUGGUUUGCAGUGGUUGAACGACUUUAGCGGAGUUAUGAAGAACAGUUACGGGCCUGUUACAGCUGCAAAGACGAUAUAUGAAGAUGGUGAAAGUUAUUUAAUAAUCAUCAGUUUGCCCUUUGUGGAUCUACAAAGGGUCAAAGUUUCCUGGAGGAAUACACUCACCCAUGGUAUCAUAAAGGUUUCUUGUGUGAGCACAUCUUGCGUACCGUUCGUCAAGAGGCAUGAUAGAACCUUCAAGCUUUUAGAUUCAUCUACUGAACAUUGUCCCCCAGGUGAAUUUGUGCGAGAGAUUCCUCUUUUGACUCGAAUUCCUGAAGAUGCUAAUAUCGAAGCAUACUACGACGGACCGGGAUCUGUUCUUGAGAUUAUGGUCCCCAAACUCCGUGAAGGUUCAGAAGAACACGAGGUUCAUGUUUGCCUUCGACCGCUCCAUGGAGUCAAAUCUAAUGUAAUGUUGAGAUAGGCAGUGUUCUGAAAGGGAAUUAAAGAUGGUGGUUGUCUUGAUGCCAUGGUUGAUUAUAUCAAUUUACUAACUUUAUACCACAAGAUAGAAUUCUAUGAACCUCAAUCUGUUUUUCACAUUUUUCUUUUACAAUUUACGUCAUUAGUCUUAUGCAUCUGGUCUCGCUUUGAUAGGACCUGACACUGGUUGUCAAAGUCAUAAUUCUUGAGAAAUGGCUUAUCAUUUGGUUGAAUAUCAAUACCUCAAAACUUAUUUUUACAUCUACUGUAGUGUUACCAGAACUUCAUUCAGUUUAACUAAAGAAUGCCAAAGGAUACUUCUGUGGUA